AUGGCUCUUGUUGGCUAUUCAGACAGCGAAGGCUCUGACUCCGAGUCGCCAAAUGUCGCUUCCGUUCCUGCCACUUCGAAACCCGCACCCAAAAAGGCAAACUUCCAAAAACUCGUCGACCCAUCCGCGCCACGCAAAAUCAAAGUCGAUCUUCCCACAAUACAGCCAGAAGCACAACCCGAAGCUCCUCCAGCAAAGAAAGCUCGUACAGCCGGCAAGUUUGGUGGCUUCAACUCUNUCUUGCCUGCCCCAAAACGCACCACCGAAGCCAAAAAGGGCCUUGGAUCUGGUGUCAAUCUCAAGACUGGCGCCGAGCCUGCAUUUAGCAGAGAAAGGGUGGAACCCGAUCCUACAGCUUUUGCGCAAAAGGAUACGACUGAGGAGACCAAGAAUGAGGCAGACACAUCAAUACCAGCCCCAUUCCAGAACGAGACACCGAAAGAGGUCAAGCCUGUAGGCAACGCCAUGAAAUUCAAGCCACUAUCUGUCGCUAGGAAGAAGGCUCCCAAGAAGAACAUCUUCCCCAAUGCCGUUCCUGCCGCUCCAUCACCCGUCGCACAACUCGUUGCAGAGCCGCCAAAGGCUCCUGCUCCUAAACCAAAGGUCUCUCUAUUUUCAGUUACCCAGGACGACAACUCAACUCUUCCCAACGCCCCUGUAGCAGACUACCAACCCCUACUCGCCGAGCCAGUAGUGGCUCCCACAGACACCCUCGACUCAGCCGUAUCCGCACCAGCCCCUGUGCACUCCGAUCCCAACUCUCUUACUGCCAUUGCCGACGACCUGGGGUUGUCAGCAGGAGAACGAAGAAGGUUGUUCGGCCGCAACAAGGACGCCGCUGCAUUUGCCAACGUCACGCAUCUCAAUAUGGAAGAAGAGUACAACAACAACGAGCAGCUCCGUCUCCAGGGCCAGGCUGUCGAGCACAGAGCAGUUAAAGCUGUUGCUCCUGGAAAGCACAGCUUGCAACAGCUUGUCAACUCUGCCGCUUCACAAAAAGAGGCUUUGGAAGAUGCUUGGGCUCAGGGUCGUAGGAACAAGGCUGAGGCUGGUAGUCAUUACGGCUUUUGA